AAGAGAGUAAUGUGAAAGCACUGAAUAUUUUAACGGACUGAAAGCGACACUGUUGUCGAUCGUAAAUGAAGGUCAGUCGUGGAAUAUUUUCGCUGGAUGCCAAAUAUUUCCAGUCUGUAUUUGAGAGAUGUUCACUGUUUACAAAGUCUGCAUGUUUUGAUUUAUUAUUAAUUAGAAUGUAAUAUGUUCUCUGUGUGUGAUCACUUCUGUGUGAUGAAGAUUUCAUGGCUACAUGUUUUUGUGUUUCUUUUCUAAUGGACCCAUUUAUUUAUUUAUAACUACAGCCUUUAUUCAGUCUGUUCAUGUUGUUUAUCUAAAAAUUUCUCUAAAAUUAAUCUUUCCACUUUUCCUCGGUUGGUAGAUUAUCACAGUUCGCACCUACAGUAAAGCACCUUCCACAACAUUUCACCUAUAAAUACUAUGAAUAAUGAAUAUUCACAUCAUCCUACAAGAGAAGAACAAACUUCAGGUGCAGCAGCUGAAAUCUGUCUGACUGUUAAAGAUGGAGUUUGUUAACAGGACCUUUUUGAGGGGCAUGUGCUGAAACUGGGCACAAUCCCCACCCCAAAUUAAUAUACAAAUUAAAUAACACAAAAUAAUUGUCUCAAAAGCUUUAGAUUUAUUUCCUGUAAAUAACAAUCAUAAUAAUAAUAUAGAUAAUACAGUAGAUAUACAGGUUUUCAGGGCUUCUUUAAACCUUUUACAACAGCAAUCUUCUGUGAGCCAUGUGCUUGAAGAUGUUUAUGACUUUACUGCGAUCCACUGGGAUGUCCCUCUCUACACAUAAAGUUCAAUCAAUUUUUUUUUUUUUUUUUUAGCUAUUCUGUUUUAAAAGCUAAUUUGUAUUAUUUGGUUAACAUGUUUAUGUAUGUCAUUGAGAAGAGGGGAAGGUAAAGCAAUGAGUCAAGUAUUUUUGCCUAAUUUAAAUAAUUAUGUCCAGCACAAUUCCAGUCAAAAUAGGAGAUUAUAAGAAGCUAUAGCAUAUCCAACAUGUAUCCACAUAACCUGGCAAAAACUUGAUACCGUGGAGGACCAUGGAUGUUGGUCUCUUGAAGGUCUCUUAUUCACUACACUUUUCCUAAAAUAAGCCAGCAGUGAAAAAAUUAAUAAAAUAUUGUGAAAAGUACAGAUGCAGUGAAAACUUUGGAUUGUGCCAGAGCUCUCCCCUCCUAAUCCUAUCUGCAUGGUAAAAUAUAAAGAUUUCACAGUUAUCUGAUUCUGUACCGUUUUUUUUUUUUAGUUACUGCGUUUAUACAUGUGAAGACGACGAGCUAGAUUCAAAAAUUAGCUAGCUAGCGAAUAUGUGCAUAUUAACAGCGUAAACAUUGAUUUUAUCGAGCUAGAUUGACACUCUAUCUACAAUCUCAAUUGGGAGUGUCAAUGGUCCAUUUGAGAGAUAGGUGGCGGUAAUGCACUUAUAAGUCUGUGAUCCGCCGUAAAGCAAAAAGAAGACGACGCGUCACACGCAGGCUGUUGUGAACGCACUCAGGACAGUUAGACAUGGUGGUGGAUCAGAGCCGUGAGUCCCAUUGACUUGCAUUAUAUGACUGACAGACUGCAACGGUUUGAGUUAAAAAUCUUCGUUUGUGUUCUACUGAAGAAACAAAGUCACCUACAUCUUGGAUGCCCUGGGGAUCUGGUCCUGUGGGUCUCAGUAUCAGACGAUGAUCACAGUUCACACCUACAGUGAAGCCCCGCCCACAACAAUUCACCUAUAAAUACUGGAGAAUAUUCACAUCAUCCUACAAGAGAAGAACAAACUCCAGGUGCAGCAGCUGAAAUCUGUCUGACUGUUAAAGAUGGAGUUUAUUAAAGAGGAGAUUGAAGACAUGAGUGAUCCAGAACCAUCCAGAAUAAAACAUGAAGAUACUGAGGAACAAACAGACUGGAUUGAAGUAAAACAGCAAAGAGUGAAGCUGAAAGAAGUUGAACAGGAACACUGUAAAAUAAAAAAAUCGAGAAAAAGAGCCAAACAGCUGCACACCUGCUCUCAGUGUGGAAAGAGUUUUACUGCAUCAACAGGUCUCCGUUAUCAUCUGCUCAUUCACUCUGGAGAAAAGCCUUUUAACUGUGAUCAGUGUGAUAAAAAGUUUAUUUCAUCCUCAAUUCUAAAACAACACCAGAAAGUUCAUUCAGAUGAAAAGCCUCAUGUGUGUUCUUUCUGUGGAAAGAGUUUUUCAAGGCUAGAUGUUUGUAAACAGCAUCAGAAAACACAUGACGAAGUGAGAGAUCAUGUGUGUUGUGAGUGUGGGAAGAGCUUUACUGCAGCUGCCUUUCUGACAAGACACCAAAUGAUUCAUACUGGAGAAAAACCUUACAAGUGCUCAUAUUGUGACAAGAGUUUCACUGAGUCUGGAAACCUGAAAAGGCAUGAAGGACUUCAUACUGGAGAGAAGCCGUAUCACUGUACUCAGUGUGGAAAGAGUUUCACAGAGGCAUCAAUUCUCAAAAAUCAUCUGCACAUUCACUCUGGAGAAAAGCCAUUUAACUGUGAUCAGUGUGGUAAAAAGUUUAUAAGAUCAUCACAUCUAAAAAGUCACCUGGCAGUUCAUUCAGAUGAGAAACCUUACUUCUGUUCUUUCUGUGGAAAGAGUUUUUCACGACUGACUUACUGUAAACAGCAUCAAAAAAUACAUAAUGAAGUGAGAGAUCACAUGUGCUUUGAGUGUGGGAAGAGCUUUACUACAGCUGUAUAUCUGAAACGUCACCAAAAAAUUCAUACUGGAGCAAAACCUUACAAGUGCUCAUAUUGUGACAAAAGUUUUAUUCGGUCUGAAUACACGAAAGUACAUGAGCGAGUUCAUACUGGAGAGAAGCCGUAUCACUGUACUCAGUGUGGAGAGAGUUUCACUCGGUUAAGAAUUCUAAUGACUCAUAUUAAAAAGCAUUGUUCUGUGUCAGAGUGAGCAAAUGUUUUCUACAGAUUCAAUAUUUCUAUAGCCUAUAAUCUGAGAUUCAAAUACAAUAAAUGUGCAAUUAGCUCAAAUAAACUAGUUUUGCUGUGAAAUGCCACAAGAUUUGUGGGGAUGUUUUUUCUGAGUUGAUGGAGAACAACAAAAGUAUUUAGUCACUUUAAUCUUAGACUGCUUUUUUUUAAUCAUUUAAUAUAUUUCUCUGCAACAAAAUACUUAGGCUCUGUAUAAUGAUGCAAAUAAAAUUUCCGUU